AGGAGAUUCAGUUUUAGAGGUGUGUGGAGGCUGUUACCACUUGCCUUAGAAUAUCCGAACUAGACACCAGGGGCCGGUUCUCUCUUCAGGUUAGUUCAAGAUGGCAGACCAGAGGCAACGUUCGCUCUCUACCUCUGGAGAAUCGUUAUACCACGUGCUGGGGUUGGACAAGAACGCCACUUCAGAUGAUAUCAAAAAGUCAUACAGGAAACUUGCAUUGAAAUAUCAUCCUGAUAAAAACCCUGAUAAUCCAGAGGCAGCAGAAAAAUUUAAAGAGAUCAAUAAUGCACACGCAAUAUUGACCGAUGCCACAAAGCGAAACAUUUAUGAUAAGUAUGGUUCUCUGGGUCUGUAUGUAGCAGAACAGUUUGGUGAAGAAAAUGUGAACACAUACUUCGUGCUAUCCAGCUGGUGGGCAAAGGCCUUGUUUGUGUUCUGUGGGCUCAUCACGGGCUGCUAUUGCUGUUGCUGUCUGUGCUGCUGCUGUAAUUGUUGCUGUGGGAAGUGUAAACCUAAACCUCCCGAAGGUGAAGAGCAGGAAUACUACGUCUCUCCAGAGGACUUGGAGGCACAGUUGCAGUCAGAUGAAAGGGAGGCCUCAGACGCACCUAUUGUGAUACAGCCAGCGUCAGCCACAGAGACGACCCAGCUCACAGCUGACUCUCACCCCAGCUACCACACCGAUGGAUUUAAUUAAGUUAAGGAAACACUGUAAUUAGAAUGGAUAUAACCAAAAAAAAUACAUGGCCAACUCAGCACUAGAAUCAUGAACAUUAGAAGUAGAGAAUGGGGAGGGGGGAUAAUUCUGCCACAGUAAGACGGCAGCUUUCCAACCUGCCGAAAAUAUUUUGUAAUCCCUUCAGCCUUUUGUCACCUUUCAGUGUCGUAUCUUGAUGAUACGUGAAGUGCUGUAGCAUGCGGUAUUUAAAGCAGUUUAGCUACGGUCUUAUUUGUUUCCUUUCUUUUUUUUUUCUUUUUUUGUUUUUUGUUUUUUUUAUAGCAUGUAUGGAGUUUUGUUACAUGUCUGUGGUGUAAUGUAUUGAGUUGUCACAAUAUAAGUGUGAUGGAGACAUUCUGCAUUUUAAGCAGUGGUACUGGCCUAAAAAUGAGAUUUAAAAAGAAAAAGUUUCACAGAAGCCACCAUUCUUCCAUACAGCUGAGCUGUCGAAGACCUUUAAAAGUUCAUGAUUUUCACUUGAGUGCAACAAACCAAUUCUUCUAUUCCUCCUUCUAUUCCUGCGUUGUUAUCUAAGCAAGUUUACAAAGCCAAGAACCAAAAAAUGCCAGUCCUGCAGAGCUGGAAUUCUCUUUAAUGCUGGUUUUCAGCUUAAAUAAAUUCUACCUUGAAAAAUAAGAAGGGAGAGUUUCCAAUCUUUGAACAGUAAAUUGAUGAACAGCUCUUUAUGUGUAAGGCGAUCUUCAGUGACAGCGUAACCACAAACUGUAGUUUGUCACAAAACCAACUGUGAAUGGGCUGAUGUGGUGGUGGUGGCGGCGGGAUUUUAACUUCAAGCGCAAUUCUGUUUUGGUUUGAGUUCAGCCUUUUUCCUGAAAUGCUAAAGACCAAAUAGUGCAGCUUUUUUUGAAUGCAUGAGAAUCUUAAAGUGAAACUGGUCAAUUGGUUUUCACUGAGCAAGUGAGUAAAACGCAGACCGUAGGCAACAGCAUAAAUGUUAAAAAAAAAAAAAUUGGUUUUUAAAAAUCUGUUCUAAUAAUUUGAGAUUCUGAUAGACAAAUGGGGUAUUACGUGUCUGUUUUUUAAAGCUUUUAUGAUACACUAGCCCUUUAAUUUUCUCAUGAACAUCUUUGUGGGGUACUUAAGUGGCUUUUUAAGAGCACAACACCUUUGUGUUUAUAUUGUAUAAUUUGCACAUUGUCUUGCAUUUAGACUUGUUUACACCAGUGUUUUUCUUUUCCUCAGAACAACUAUGGGGAAACCGUUGAAAGGUUUCCUGUACUAUUUUGAAACCAAAUCAUGUUUGAAUACUGCUCUAGAAACUGUGGUUUAUUGAGAUUUAACUGUUAAAAAAGCAUUUUAGGCAGCUGCUGAAUUGCUGGUGUAUUUUGUUGUUAAUAAUCUUGCUUUAGACGAGACGGAGUCAGGAUCCAGAACAGCUGCCAGAGAUCCUACACUUGGCACUUUUGGCGGUUGAUUACAGCCUCCUUAAUGUUGAUGUUUAUGGUUUUAUAUCACAACGCCUCGACUGUCCUUUGUACCCCCCAUCUCCCCUUUGCCUUUUUCACCUAUUUCUGUUGAGAGGCUAUUUACAGCCUUCCUCCCGGUGUUUGCUUUGAAGGUCUUUCGUGCUGCUCUCUUACAAGAUCCAGGUGUUACUUUUGAAGGGGGUAAAGUGCUGCCGGUCUGUAAGAAAACCAUCAGAAAAUGAAGGGGACUCUGCUGCCGGAGAGUCGUUCUGAAUAUAUUUUCACGCUUUGCAUGAGCUGAAAAUGAUGGAGCACGUAAAACCUGACGUGAAACCGUGUUAAACGUGCUGGGUAGAAGAAAAUGUUCUUAACACGGUCUCGAUGCUAAGUGGGGGUCGUUUGCAAAAUCAGACUUCCCUGGAGCUGUUGGUACAAGCACGUGUUUGUUGCCUGCGUGCGAGCUUGUUGCACAUCGGCACGCUUGUGAUACCACAUCGGGUCCCAAAAAUUCAAAAAGAAAUGUCACUUUUAAUUAACUGGCUAGAUUUCAGCAGCACGCUUAAGUCAUUUCUUCCUCGUCGAUAGUCCUUUUAGACCUGGAACUUGGUGGUUUGCUGGAAGAUACUUUCAACUUUUUCUGUCCGGGAAACUCUCUUGGGUGGCCUUGAGGACAGUCGUGUAUGAUUUGGCUUGAGGUCCGUAUUUAAUUAAAGUCUUCGUUUGACCCCUUGGAAUGAAAAGCAAUUUUUAGGCUUAAAAAAAUAAUGGAACAUUGCCUAUCCUUGUAGAUUUUGCCUGAAGCCUGUUCUUGAUGUUGAAUUGCACGCUGGAAUAUGCUUGAAUAUCUGCAGGCUUUGUCCCCUAAAAACUCACUGGUUAAAAUUGCCCUUUUCUGUGCAAAUUAUGUUCUUGG